AUGAUAUUGGAUGAGUGGAAAAGACUCUACUCAAACACCAAGACCAACUUCCGCGAGGUUGCAAUCAAAGGUAAGAGGAAAGCAAGUGCUCAUUAUAUUCUAGGGUGGAGUUUUGCAUUGAAUGGGGUUGCUCCUCCAUUAGAUUAUGCACUACUUCCAAAGCCACCACCAAAGGAGAAACACUCACAGUCUUUUCCUUGGAUCAAGGUUAUAAUUGGCAUGAUGUCUCCUUUGACAUUUACCUUGUUGUGCCUUUUUCUUUAUGUGACACUCUAUAAGAGAUACACGGUAUUUGAAACUCUUGAGGACUGGGAAAUGGAUUGUCCUCACAGGUUCAGAUACAGAGAUCUUCACUUAGCAACAAAGGGGUUCGUAGAAAGCCAACUAAUUGGAGUUGGAGGCUUUGGUUCUGUUUACAAAGGGGUGUUACCCAGAACAGGAACUGAGGUUGCUGUUAAAAGGAUCCUGAGAACUCCAGCCAAAGGAAUGAGGGAAUUUGCAUCUGAGAUUGAAAGCUUAGGAAGAUUGAGGCACAAGAAUUUGGUGAACCUUCAAGGGUGGUGCAAGCACAAGAAUGAUCUCCUUUUGGUUUAUGAUUACAUUCCAAAUGGGAGCCUUGACUCUCUCCUAUUCAGUAGAAGCUUUGUUUUGGAUUGGGAUCAAAGAUUCAGAAUUCUCAAAGGUGUAGCUGUUGGGCUGUUGUAUCUGCAUGAAGAAUGGGAGCAAGUGGUGAUCCAUAGAGAUGUGAAAUCUAGCAAUUUUCUUAUUGAUGGGGACUUUAAUGCUCAUUUAGUUGCUCGGCUCAAUGGUGACAACGCAUUGUACCUGUCUACUCCCAUUGAUAAAGAGGCCCGUAUCGACCAAUGGAUUGAUUUUUCAACUUUGGAGAUUGAUUCUAAUAAUCCUUAA